CACUUAUGCAUGUUGCAUGUCUAUGUGUGGUUUUGGAUAAUCCCCUGAAAAAUCUCUCUUUUAGAUGUGGACUCAUUAACCUUUUUGCUUUUUAUCUCAACUAAUCUAUGGAAAGGACAAUCAAUGGAGAUUGGGAAAGAGAAUCCAGAUAUAUUUUUUACAGAUCGUGAAGGAAGGAGAAAUACUGAAUGCCGAACUGACAUAAACACCUCUCCUCUCCUUUCAACACCUGUCAAUCACGUUCUAGCAAACAUUUCACACUUGCAUGGGUCAUCAAUUGGACUAGUUAAGUUAAUGCAGCCGGCUAUCAGCAAUCCGGCAUCUGCUGAUUCCGUGAUAAGCUCUAAAACUGAUCCAAAUCUUUGCUUUGCAACGCAUGCCCAUUCCAACAUCUCAUUUUCUGGUCUUAGCGUGGAGAGUAGUGCUGCAGAUCAUCAAGACUGGUGCUUUUCCAAUGGUUCUCAUGGGAGAGCCGCCUCCAUUGUGUCCUGAAAGUUCAUUCCCUUCAACUAGUAGGAGCAGCGCUGUUAUGCGUUACAUAGAAAAGAAGAAGACACGCAAGUAAAAGUAGAGCGGUUUUUUUUUUUUUUUUUAACACCAUUUAGGUUAAAAAAAUAAAAGAAUAUUUUGUGGACCUAGGAAGCAUGGAUGUGUAUUUAAUUCACUUUCAAUUCUUUUUGAUUAUUUAGUUCUUUGGUUUAAUGAAAAUUAUAUUUUGAGGUUUGUGAUAGUUUCGAGGAAAGUGUAGAAGUGUUAAUGCAUGAAUGUUGAGAUUUU